GCCACGAGUCGGACCAUGGCGACCCGGACCAAGCGCCCGCGGGUGAGUGGCGGGCGGCCGGCACCCGGCCCAUCGCUCUGCCCCGCCCUGAGGCAGCCAGCGCGCGCCACUGCGCCCCCAGCCGCAGGUCCGGUUCCCCUCUUCCGCGUUCCCUCCCCCAAGCAAAGCGCGUCUCCCGCGCGCGCGCGCCGCCAUCCCCGCGGGCUCCCUGGGGCGGGGCUUCGUCACUCGGCUCAUUUAUCUCAGGUGGCGCAACCGGGGGGCGGAGGCGAGCCGGACUCCGACCCUGUGGCUGGCUUCCUGAGCUGGUGCGGGCGGGUAGGGCUGGAGCUGAGCCCCAAGGUGGCGGUGAGCCGGCAGGGCACUGUGGCCGGUUACGGCAUGGUGACUCGUGAAAGCGUGCUGCCCGGGGAGCUGCUAUUCGCAGUGCCGCGGGCAGCGCUCUUGUCGCCACACACCUGCUCGAUCCGGGGCUUGCUGGAACGAGAGCGAGACGCGUUGCAGAGCCAGUCGGGCUGGGUGCCACUGCUGCUGGCGCUGCUCCAUGAGCUGCAGGCCCCAGCCUCGCUGUGGAGCCCCUACUUUGCGCUGUGGCCCGAGCUGGACCGCUUGGAGCAUCCCAUGUUUUGGCCAGAAGAGGAGCGCCAGCGCCUGCUGCAAGGCACAGGUGUCCCGGAGGCAGUGGAUAAGGAUUUGGCCAACAUUCGCAGCGAGUUCUAUUCCAUCGUGCUUCCCUUCAUGGAAGCCCAUCCGGAUCUCUUUGGCCCCAGUGUUCGCUCCCUGGAACUCUACCACCAGCUAGUGGCCCUUGUGAUGGCCUACAGCUUUCAAGAACCACUGGAGGAAGAGGAAGAUGAAAAGGAGCCGAAUUCCCCUUUGAUGGUGCCUGCUGCAGACAUACUAAACCACUUAGCCAAUCACAAUGCCAAUCUAGAAUACUCUGCAGAUUAUCUUCGGAUGGUGGCUACCCAGCCCAUUCCUAAAGGCCAGGAGAUUUUCAACACUUAUGGACAAAUGGCUAAUUGGCAACUUAUUCACAUGUACGGUUUUGUUGAACCAUAUCCUGACAACACGGAUGACACAGCAGACAUUCAAAUGGUGACUGUCCGUGAAGCUGCAGUACGGGGAACAAAAGGUGAAGCUGAAAGGCUCCAACUAUAUGAGCGCUGGGAUUUCUUAUGCAAACUGGAGAUGGUAGGGGAAGAGGGUGCAUUUGUGAUUGGUCGUGAGGAGGUGCUAACUGAAGAGGAACUGGCCGCCACACUCAAGGUCCUGUGCAUGCCUGCUGAGGAGUUCAGAGAGUUUAAAGACCGAGAUGGAUGGGGAGAAGAUGAAUGGGAAGAGGACAGACUAACAGUCACAAAUAUCCCCAAGCUCAAAGCAUCAUGGAGACAGCUUCUACGAGACAGUGUUCUUUUGACUCUGCAGACCUAUGCCACAGAUUUAAAAACUGAGGAGGAUGUACUCAGUAAUAAGGAGGCCUAUGCAAAACUCAGCUGGAGGGAAAAGCAGGCCUUACAGGUUAGGUAUGGUCAGAAGAUGAUCUUACAUCAGUUAUUGGAACUGACAAGUUAGCAGAUUAUUUAACUUCUUAGUCUAAACUGACACUUUGUUGCUCAAGAAGGGGAAGGUUUGGAUCUUCUGCAUUUAUUAAAUACCAAAUGGAAAAGAAGCAAAGGUGCUACUCUAAACUCUUGAAGGUGACACACUUUAGGGUUGGAAUCAACAGACUUGGGAAUUACUGCUAAUAAUUAAGAACAGCACAUUUUAUAGCCACUUUAACAAAAGCCAGGAGAAAGAUGAUAUUCAUAGCACUUAGUAACAUGGACUUUAGAGGAAGACCAGAUUCAAAUCUGGGUCUGUGGUGAGGAAGUCACUUUAGUAAGUAAUAUCACUGAAAUUGGCUUUACUUGCACUUUCAGUUGUCUGAGUUUACUCUGGAUGGCAUGCCUUCCAAUGGAUAAACCUGAAGAUACCAAGGACAGUCCCCUAGACCUCUGUUGUUUUAUGGGUAGGGAGGAAAAAAAGGGUCAAAAUUAAAGGUAGGGUAAUUAUAA